AUGGGCCCUGUCGACCUCUCUCGGCCGCUAUCACCAGCUCGCUACGACGCCGAAGCUGAAGCUGCUGGUCUUCUUUCAUGGCAUGGGCAGCAGCAGCCCAGUCACAGCCGGGGCGGAUUUCUGCAAGCCAUCCUCGGCUGGUCACCCAACGGUCUGAACUCGCUUCCUCUGCGGUGGGCUGAGAAGACAGGCCACUCUCUGCUCGCGGCCAUAGGCUGCUGUCCGACACGGCGAGCAGCUGCUGGGUCCAGGUCCAGGCAGGCGAGAACCCACCGCUUGUUACGGCUGCUCGGGUUUCUGGCCUGGUUGUUCGCGGUCGUGUCCGUGGCCGAGUCGCUGCUGUGGCCGCCGUAUCAAACACCGCCAGAGCACUAUGCUGGCCUGCGCGAGCGGAUUCUCGGUUCCACGCAGCCUGGGCGAGGGAACCCGGACGGCCAGAAAGUGUUCAUAGCAAGUAAUAUCGUGCAGGAAGGGAUGAUUGGCGGUCCCUGGGGCCGCUCGCUGCUUGAGCUAGUCGAUAUCUUGGGGGAGGAUAACGUGUUUGUCAGUGUCUACGAGAACGACAGUGGGCCGGGGACGCAGGACGCCCUCAGAGAGCUCGCUGCACAGCUGCCAUGUAACUCAUCAAUCGUUUCAGGGGAGCAUGUGCCGCUUGACGGCCUCCCCAAGACUGCUCUGCCGUCAGGGGACGAGCGAGUAAAGCGGAUAGCGUACCUGGCCAGGAUCCGCAACCAAGUGCUGGAACCGCUGAACUCGGCGUAUCAGCCCUCUGGCGAUCAUACAGCGGUGGGCGGGUUCGGGUUCAGUCAUGCGAACGUGCAGUUUGACCGGGUCCUGUUCCUGAACGACGUCUACUUCUCCGCCAUCGAGGCUGUGCAGCUGCUAUUCUCGACUAACGUAGACCAGGCCGGUCACGCUCAGUACCGAGCAGCCUGUGCCGUCGACUUUGUCUCCAAGGUCAUGUUCUACGACACCUUCGUGGUCAGGGACUCCGAGGGCUACGGCACCGGCCUGAUGUUCUUCCCCUGGUUUGCUCCCAUUGGCCAGGCCAGGAGCAGGAAUCAAGUCCUCCAGGGCUCUGAUGCAGUGCAGGUGCGCAGCUGCUGGGGAGGGAUGGUGGCCUUCCAGGCAGAGCUGUUCCAGCGCUUCUCAACGGUCGACUCGACAAGCCACAUUGUCAGCCGGUUUCGGCACGACUCAGAGCCUUUCUGGGAGUCGUCCGAGUGCUGCUUGAUCUUUGCAGAUUGGGAAGAUCGGUUUGGCCAGCCGAACGUUGAGAAUCAGACUGGCGUUUUCUUGAACCCGUACGUUCGAGUGGCCUACUCGCGGAAUACUUGGAAGUGGCUGGGGGUUUUCAGACGGUUUGAACGCAUCUUUGCAAACCUGCAGUAUCUUGUCAGCCGGCUGGCCUAUCCAGAGCAUAACCCUCGGCGGACUCAUCUUCCAGGACAGAAGGUGAGGGAGAGAGUGUGGCAGAGUAACGCAGACGGUCAGCCGGGGGGUUCGUUUCAAACGAUCCAGCGGAUAGCAAGCCCGGGAGGCUUCUGUGGCCAGAGACGGAUGUUUGUCAUGGCAGAAGACAUAGAGAAGGCAAACCGGAACGGAGCAAAGAACUGGGAGAAAAUACCUGUUCCAUGA